AUGAUUAGGUUCGCCCGGACGCGUACCAAAUCAAGUGCAAUUAAGCUAACACCACGCAAAGAAAAACAAAUCGCAAAAAAUGUAACCAAACCCGUCGAGAAAUUGGCAAUCGACACACGCACGAAACCGUUGUCACGACAAGUGUCAUUACAUGUGACCAAUGUAGAUCUUGUUUCGAAGAAAAUUGACCAUCACGGUAUCGUCGAUAAUUAUAUUAAAAGGAAGCGCGAAACUGAAACGAAAGAAAAAGUAGUUUCAGACAAAGGCAAACAAAAUGAUUCGCUAUCUGAUAAUGAAAAUAUACAGGGUGUGAAAAAACACAUUUCGUCUAAACCUGCUAACAAAACCAAAACAACCGCUAAGAAAUAUGUCUCAAAAUCUGAACGAGCAGGCUCUUUACCAAAGCCACAAUUGGAAGGCCAUUAUGGAACUACUAAUAAAUUUGUACCAAAAAAUUCUUCCGUGGAGGAAGAGGGAAAAUUUAUAAAAGGUGGAUUGUUGGCUGUCGUUGCUCCAAAACCUCGUAAAAAGCCAAGUAGUUCACUAGAAGAUACUCCUAUUUCUAUACCAGUUCCGGUAGUAGCAGAAAAACGUGGAAACACAGACGAGAAGUUACAUAAAGGUGCUAUGAAAGAAAAGGAAAACGAGGAAAAGGGAAUCGCUUCUGAUAAGAGUGAAACCCAUUCUUCCAAGAAUUUAGACGAUUCAAAAGAACAAAUAGAAAUUUUGGACAAUGUUACAGAAUUUACAGAACAAAAAUCUGAACCGCACAAAGUUGAAGCAUUGGAAGUAUCUGAUAUGACAUUAAAUAUCCAAAAUCAUGUUAUAAAAGAUGACGAAGAAAGAAAAUCGGAAUUGCAAGCAGAAGACCAGACGUCAAAAUUAAUUGAUAACGAGAAAGAUGUGCAGGAUGGUAAAAGAAAUGAAACUGAUGCACUUAUAGAAAAAAAAGAAGAGAGUCAAAGAUCACAAGAAACUAAUACGAACUUGAUAGAUGAAGACAAAGUAUUGAAAGAUAUCGGAUACAAUGAUAUCAAAACUGAACUUGAAAAAGAACAAGAAGUCGAAAAGCUCCACGAGACACAUAUCUCACCAAAAGAAGUAGAAGAAAAAUCCGAGACAAAGAAAAUUAGUUUGACAAACAAAGAAGAGGAUUUUUUGAAGGAUCGUGAACACAAGAUAGAAAAUAUCAAAACUGAACAUGAGAUUAAAAAUAUUCACGAGGCAAACGAAUCAACAACAAUAUUAAAGCCGUCAGACAAAAAUGAGAAAUCAGACGAUGAUAAUCUUAUUGAAAACUCCAAAAACAAUUAUGGAAGUAAAACAGAAGACGGGAAAAAGGAGAUAAGCGAAGAGAAGACGAAAUCAGUAGAAGCUUCCAAUCAUCCUAUAGAACUAACAGACAAAGGAUUAAUAAAUCAUGAACAUAAAGUCAACGUAGUGGAAAACGAAAAUCUUAAAACUCAUUAUGAAAAAACUGAAGACGAAAAAUUAAAGGAUCUCAGUAUUAACAAUCAUGUCAAGGAAAAUGAAAAAAUUAAAAUUGAACAUGAAAAAGAGAAAGAUCAGGACUUAAAGGAUGGCGGUCACAAAAAAGAGAUUCAGGAUAUCGAAAAUAAACAAACAGGACAAGACAAAAAUAAAGUAACUGAGGAUAGCAACAAAAAAGAUAUUCAGGAUAACAAGAAAAUUGAAAAUGAACGUAAAAAGGGGGAAGAUCGGAAGUUAAAGGAUGGAGAUUAUGAAAAAGAGAUCAAGGAUAACGAAGAUAACAAAACUGGACAUGAAAAACAUAAAGAUGAAAAAUUUAACGAUAAUAGCAAUAAAAAAGCUACUCAGGAAAAUGAGAAAAUUAAAAUUGAAUAUGAAAGAAGCAAAGAUAAAAAAUUAACAGAUAUGAAAGAGGUUCAAGAUAAUAAAAAAGAUAAAAUUGAUGAAGACGAAAGUGAUAAAUUGAAAGAUAUUGACAACCGGAAGGAUAUUCAGGGCGACCAAGAAAUUAAAAUCGACGACGAAAAAGUUGAAAAUCAAAAAUUAAAGGAUCUUGAAUACAACAAGGAUAAUCAAGGUUUCGAAAAAUCAAAAACUGAACUUGAUAAUGAUAAAAGUCAAAAAUUAAAAGACGAUAACUAUAGAAAAGACAUUCACAAAAAUGGUAAAAUUUUAAUUGAACAUGAUGACAAGGACAUUGGGGAUGUAGAAAACAUUAAAAUCGAAAAAGCUGAAAAAGGCGAAGAUGAUAAACUUAAAAAUUUUGAUAAUAUAAAAUGUACUGAGGGCGACGAGAAUAUUAAAACUGAACGUGAAAAAGAUGAAGAUAAUAGGUUAAAAGACGAUGAUAUUAAGAAAAACACUCAGGAUAAUGAAAAAAUUGAUGUUGAGCUUAAAAAAGAUAAAGAUAACAAAUUGACGGAUGAUGGCCAUAAAAUAGGCAUUCCAAACGGAGAAAUUGAAACUGAACCGGGAAUAGAUGUGGUAGGUGAAGAAACAGAAAAUAAAGAACUUUUAGGUGUAUCUUUGGAAAAGAAAGAUGAAAUGGUAAAGGAUGCGAAAUACCACGAAUUGAAUAACCAAGAGCUGAAAUAUGAGGCUACGAAAACGUUAGAUAAUAGUAUUAAAGUAGAUUCGCUGGAAAUUGAAAAGAGCCAAACAGAUACAGAAAAGCAAACAGGGAACGGAAACAAUUUAAUAGUUGCAUCUAAUUUGUUUUUGGAAAACAAGGAUUUCAGUUGUAAUGCAGACGAACAGGACAUUAACAAGGAUAAAAGCGAGUACAAAGAAGACGAAGGGCUGAAAACUGAUUUUAUGAAAAUACCGAGAUUGCCUUCGAAACAAGAAGAGGUAGAAGUAACGGUACCACAAGAUAGCACAUCGGACACUAUACAUAAGGAAAAAAGCAUAAAUGAAUUAGAAGAAUUUAAGGUCAUUAAUGAAAGCACUGCUGUUAAGGAAAUAAAGACAGUUACAGAAGCUACAAAUCCUGAUUUAAAUAAAUACAGUGAUUCAGGUGAUGUAUUGACUCAGAAAGAAAGUAAAACAGGAACAGAAAGUAAAAAUAAAGAACGUUUUGAACAAAUUCAGGAAGAACCAGGAACAGAAAGAAAAACAGGAUACAAAGAAACAAUUCCUGUGGAAUUAAAUCAAACAGAGGAAAGUGCUAGCCAAAAGGUAAUUCUUGACAAAAGUUAUGAUGAAGAUAAAAGUUCAUUAGGUGAAACCAGUACAGGAGUGAAACAAGGCGACAGUAUUAUCCAACAAGAUGAACCUAUGGAAGAAAAUAAACUUGCUAUGGGAAAAAUUAGAAAAGAAGGGAAGGAGAAUGCAGAACAAACGUCAGAAAUCAGAGAAGAGGAUAAAAUUAUAUCAAAAAGUAAGGUGGAUCUGACCGAAGCAGAAAUAGGUACAAUCAAGUUACAGAAAACAGAAGAACAGCUGAUGAAUGUUAAAGAUCCAGAAAAGCCCUCUCAUUUUGACGAUAAAGGUAAUAGUUCACCAAUUGAUCUGCAAAGUAAUGAUGGUGAAUUUAAUACAAAAUCUGACAACGAAAAGGAACGGUUGAUAUCCGAAACCACCGAGAAUUUGAUUGGAAAAGAAUCUCUGUUAAAUGUUAGUAGCGAGCCAGAAAGUGAGAAAAGUCAUGAUAUGGAUAAAAACUUUGAAAAGAAGGAAUAUAAAGAUGUUCCGAAUAAGAUUGAAAAAGUUGAUAACGAUGCAAACUCACAGGUAAUAGAAGAAAAAAGCAUGGAACAGAACGUUGAAGAAAAGUACGAUGAAGAGAUUACAAAAUUCGAAGAAAAUGAAGCUACAAAAUUAGAAGAGGAAUCUAAAAUUGAUGGAAUAGAGAAUCAACCUGAAUCAGAAGAAGAAUCUAAUGUAGCGAGCACUUUAGAACCAUCUGCUUUAAACCAGACAGUACAACCCCUCAAUAUUGUGUCUGACAGUAAGCAGCUGGUAAGAAUGAAAACAGUGGAAGAAAUACCUUGUGAAAAAGUGACUGUAGCUCCUUUAAUUGAUCACGAGGGAGAGAAACAUCCACAACCACAAGUUCAACAUUCUAUAAGCGAGAAAAUUAGUCAUGUCGAAACAGCUCUUAAGGAGAAUGAGAAGCAGCUGGAAAUAUCUAGCAGCGGAAUCGAAAUUACACCAAAAGACGAAAAAAAUAUGGAAAAAGAUAAGAUAAGUCACCUGUCAAUAGCUGAAGGUAGAGAAGAAAUUAAUGGCGACAAACAGACGUUUAUGGUCUCUGAGCUUCAUUCCUCAAGUGACGCAUCCAACAUUUCGUCUAAAAAUAGGACGGUACACAAUAUUGUACCGACCAGACCUGCCGCAUCUGACAUUGCAGGGAAUCUCAUUCCAAACGAAAAUAAACGGAGCAACGGGAUCGAUAAACAUGAUGAUAUUACAGCAAAUAAUCAACUACAGACAUCCGAUAGUAAUUUAACGUGUUUGAAUUCUAAUUCGGAAAGCGACAUAGCACAGGAACAUUUAGAUACCAUGAAAAACAUUCUUUUGGAAAUAAAUCUGGAAGAAGAUAAAAACAGUAAUAAAAUAAAUAGCGAAGAAGAACCAUCUAUUUCGGAAGAAGAAGUAAAAAGCACAACUGACAUGUUCCUGAGAUUUGAACAAGGAUUUACUGACAAAAAGCUUGCGGAUGAAACUUUAGUUUCAGGAAAUAAACAUUUAACGAACGUGACUCAAGUGGACAAAGAAAUGAAAGACGGUGCAGAUAAGAUUUUUGAUGAAAAUAUGUUGGGAGAUGUCCGUACAAACGAUGAUGAAAAACCAAAUGCCCAAGUACAAGUUUUAUCUAAUAAAGAAGACACAAAUUAUGGAGAUACUAAAUAUCCGUUGUCAGCUCCAAAUGUUGAAAAUGAUGUUGUAAAAACUGCCCACGGAAUUAAAGGAGAUGACGUAAAUACAUUACAAAAUACAAAAGACGUAAACUUGACAAACCAAACCGAUAGUAAGAAAGAUGAAAAUGUAAAAGUUCCUGAUAAUUUAAAACAAGAAGAAGAUACUGAAGUAGAUACUGCUGAAAAGGAAAUGCAGGAAGAGGGUGCAACUAAAAAAGACACAUCUGCAUUGGAAAAUAUAGUUGAAAUCAAGGAAGAUAAAAUGAAAGAAGAAGUUGAUAAGGAGAAAAUCUUUGAAAAUAUCGGUGAAAAACAAACUACAAUUAACGAAAACACCAAGGAAAGUGAGGUCGGCGAGAUGAGAGAGAAAAGGGAGUUCAUGCCAGAAAAUAUUGUAGAAACAUCAAGGGAACAGGUUGAAGAUAACAAACUUGAAGGGAAAUUGUUAACAAAAAACGACUCGGACGUUAAUAACGGUAAGACUGAAGAAAAGGAAGAGAAAACUACUAUCACAGAAAUCAAGAACGAAUAUAAUUUUGGUAUUGCUGAUCCCUUUUCCAAUUUAGAAAAUACUGAUGCAAACUUGAAGUCAGGAGAAAAAAUUGAUGAUGAAAAGUUGCAAAUGGAGAAAAUAAAAAGUCUCGAAAGUCAAAAGAAUGAACAUAACGAAGAACAAAUUGAAAAUAACAAUUUGGAGAAACAAAAUAUGACAGGUACUCAUAUAAAAAAAGAACCGGAUGGAACUGUUGAAUUUACUAAAGAACUAUUGAAAGAUGACAACACUCAUGAAGAAUUAUUAAAUAGUUGUGAUAAAGGUAAUGAUAUACCUACUACAUUGGUACGAGAAGAAAAUGAUAUAAUUUUAUCUGAAACUAACGAUAAGUUGAAGUCAGUUCCAAAUACUGACGAAGACGCAGUAACUGAAAAAUGUUUCGAUACAGAAAAAGAAAUGAGUGUAGAGAUAACUGGCCAGAUACCUGAAGUAACGACAGAGGUCAAUGAAAAAGUGGAACAAUCAAAAGUUACUUUAAAUGAUUAUCAAAAAGUAUUACAUGUCAAUAAAUCAGAUAUAAAAACAUUAGAAAAUGAGACUGAAGAACUUUUAAAUUCAGUUAAAGAGGAUGAUGCUAUCAAAAAUUAUGGCGAGAAUUUAAAGAGAUCCCUAGAAAAUGUCGAAAAUAGUACCGUACUGGAUUUAAAAAACAACGGAAGCAAACAAAAUAGUAUUCCUGAAAAGGACAUUCUGGAGAAUAUAAAUCUAUUAGAUGAGCAACGAAGUAAUGAAAAAGAAGCAUUACAGGAAUUAGGAAGUGUUGAUGAUGCGAAAAUGAAGAGAGAAGAUGAAAAGGAGGGUGCUUCAACAGAAAAGUUGGAUCAUGAUGUUGCAAAAUUAAAUUUAAAACCACAGCAAGACAAUGAUACUACUGAUACAAACAUUUUCAAAACAGAUAAAAACAUAAGUUUGGUAGAUGACAUACAAAGUGUGGCAGAAAAAAUGGCAAGUGCAGUGGAACUGUCAAAAGAAUUACUAAAUAAGUUAGAACUCGGUGAAACAAUUGGAACAAUAAAAGAAGAUGUACAUGAAAAUGCUAUAGUUAGCUCUGUAGAAGAUAAAGACGAUUCAAAAUUACAAAAUAGAGAAUAUAUAGCAAUUUCAAAAGGGGCUUUAGAAAAGGAAGAAAAAGAAAUGGAAUUACACACAAUGAUGCCUAAUAUUUCCAAACUAAAAACAAAUUUAACCAUCAAUGGUUUGGACUUGAACGAAACCAGAACGGAAAGCAGCGCAAGUUUACCCGAAAAUAUAAAAAAUAAAGAUGAUAAGGAAAAAGAUCUUGAACAAAUUCAGGAUAUUUCAGCUAAUAAGAAGGCGAAAGACAUAAAACAAGAACGUGAAAUAGCCAAUAAAGAAACAGGAGCUGAUAACAAAGCGUUGAUAAUUAAGCCCGUUGAAAUAGUAGAAAAAAAUAAAGUGAAGAAAACUAGAAGCGUGAGUAUUACAAGGGAAAAUAAAAAGAAAGAUCAAGAUACAAAAAAUAUCAACAAAAAGCGAAUGGUAAAGAGCUUUUCAACAUCUCAUAUAAAAGAGAAAAGGGAAUCUAGGACAGAUAGGAAGCAUGUUUCGAAAUCUUCUUCUAUUGUCACUAAAGAUAAAGAGGGUGAUGCAGAUAAUCAAAAGCAGGAGAGUGAUUUAUUGCGGGAGGAGAGACAGAGUACUAAAAAACCUUCCCCAAAUAUGGAAGAUGAAGCUAUGUCUAAGUCAAAAAAAGAAGGUAACGUUUCUUCAGGAGAAAUUGUAAAAGAAGCUGAAUCAUUGCCUGAAACUUCUAAAUCUAUACUGUUGACUGAGAAUAAAAUAUCUGAUGAAUAUAUAAAGGAUAUACUUCUUACAAAUGGUCAUGAUAAACCUUCAAUACAAGAAGGAGAGAAAGGAGAAGGAAAAAAUAACGAACACCCUAAACCAGAAGAAGCUCUUUCAAAAAUGUACGAAAUUGAUUUGAACGAUUUUUUAGAAAAGGAAAGACAGUUUUGGUUGAUCACGGGAAGUGGUAAACUAGAAACGAAUAUGACUAAAAAAAAUGAAUUGCGCGAAGCUAUUUCGAAUACCAAUAGAGAGCCAGAUACCACAAGUGAAAUAAUUUAUGGAACUCAUUUAUCCAACAUAAAUAUAUCGGAGCAAGAAAAAAAGGAUAUCGACAGUCCUUAUGAAGCAAUUUUGAGUAGUGAUCAAUCCACCAGCGAUCAAGUGUCUUCGGAAUUACUUUCUGGUAAGACAAAUGACGAGCAAAAUUAUCAAAGAGAAGAUAAAGAUGCGGAGGGCGAUAAAAUUGAAGUGACCGGUGGUAGUCGAUUGUCUUCGGCUUCUUCUAAUGGUAGCAAUUCCAUUUCCAUUCAAACUGAACAACUGAAUGGAGCAAGUUUUCCGCUGUCCGUGCCUCUUAAUCAAGAUGCAGGUGCUGCGGGAGUGACGUCGGAAACGGUUGAGUCGUCGACGCCGACGGUCGUCGGUGUCGUCGGUGACGUUGGUGGCGUCGGUACCAACAUCGGCGUCGUCGACGUCGCGAAAGCGACGCAGACGCAGAUUCGGGAAGGACGAGCGCGUGGCUCGGCAAUGGCUUCGUCGACAGUCGCGCAUCAGGAAAUGGACGCGAACCACAAGGCGAGACGCAACAAUUCUUCACUCGCGCACCAGGAGAAUAAGAACAUGGAGGAAGUUGCCGCAACUAAGAUUCAGGCCAGUUUCAGAGGUUACCAAGUACGAAAACAACUCAAAACUAAAGUGAGUACAUGCGUACUGCUUUUAAAAUCAAUCGUAAGUAGAUUUAAGUUUUUUUUAUUAUUAAUUUGAAAUUUUAAUUGA